AAACCUGGCAACCCGACCAGGAUUAGCAAAACACUCCGUCUGUCACUAAAGUCGGUCCGGACUUUGACAAACGACACAACAUGAAGUAAAACUCCAACACUGACCCGAAUGACGGUCUUGUGUGAGUCACGGGGGAGAUAAACAUGCCUUUAAGUCUAUGAAGAGGAACUUUCCGUGGUAUUUUUGCUGUCUGCAGACAGGAUGGCAGGGCUUUUAAGUUAUUUGGAGAAUGUCAAACGGAGGCUGAAGAUAGAAGUCCUGAGGGAGGCUGGACGCCAGUAUCCAGUUUUCUGUUUCCUGCUGCUGUCGCUGCUUUCACUGACGGUGCUGCUCAACAGGUAUAUCCACAUCCUCAUGGUGUUCUGGUCAUUCUUGGCUGGACUCAUCACUUUUUACUGCUCCCUCGGACCUGAAACCCUCCUCCCUAAUGUCCUGUUUCAAACCAAACCCAGGAACAAGCGACAAGAGCAGGAGCUGUUCCCUCUGGGCCACAGCUGUGCAGUCUGUGGGAAGGUCAAGUGUAAACGACACCGGCCGACGCUGCUCCUUGAAAACUACCAGCCGUGGUUGGACCUGAAGGUGCAUUCGAAAGUGGACGCUUCCAUAGCAGAGGUGUUCGAGCUGGUCCUGGAGAACUUUGUGUAUCCCUGGUACAGAGACAUCACAGAUGACGAGGCGUGUGUCGAUGAACUGAGGAUGACCUUUCGCUUCUUUGCGUCGGUUCUGGUUCGUCGAGCUCAGAAGGUCGACGUCCCUGGUGUGUUCGCAGACAAAGUGAUGAAAGCUACUAUGAAACACAUGGAGAUUGUUGCAAAAGCCAAAGCCAAAGUCAACAGCGUCGAGGGUCUUCAGCAGGUUGCGCUGGACGAAUACGGCGCCGACCUCCACGUGGCUCUGCGGAGCCGUAAAGACGAGCUGCUGUACCUGAGGACGCUCACACAGAUGCUGUUUCCGUACGUCAUGCCUCCCAAAGCCACUGACUGCCGGUCUCUGGCUCUGCUGCUGAGGGAGGUCAUGGCUGGGUCCGUCAUCCUGCCCACCAUGGACUUCAUGGCUGACCCCGACACUGUGAACCUCAUGGUGCUCAUAUUUGUCGAUGACACUCCACCUGAACCCCCUACCGAGCCGCCGUCGCCGUUGGUUCCAUUUUUACAGAAAUAUGCCGACGUCAGUAACAAAAAGCAGUCGGUGCUGAAGUUGGAGCUGAAGGAGAUCAGGGAGCAGCAGGACCUCCUGUUUCGCUUCAUGAACUUCCUGAAACAGGAAGGCGCCGUCCACGUCCUGCAGUUCUGCCUCGCCGUAGAGGAGUUCAACGAUAAGAUCCUGAGUCCAGAGCUGAACGACGCGGAGCUGCAGCGUCUUCACGGUGAAGUUGUUCAUAUCUACGAAACCUACUGCCUCGACGAAAGCAUCGACAAGAUCAGCUUUGACCCAUUCAUAGUGGAGGAGAUCAAAAACAUUGCCAAAGGUCCGUACGGUGGCGUGGUGAAGCUGCAGACGAUGCGGUGCCUGUUCGAGGCUUACGAACACGUCCUGUCUCUGUUGGAGAGAGUCUUCACCCCCAUGUUCUGUCACAGCGACGAAUAUUUCCGACAUUUACUCAGAGGAGCUGAGUCUCCGACAAGGAACUCAAAGAUCAACAGGAACACGUCGAAGCGAGGGGAGUCGUUUGGAAUCAGCCGAAUCGGCAGCAGAAUCAAAGGCGUGUUCAAGAGUACGACCAUGGAGGGAGCCGUCCUGCCCCCCAGCACCAUGAACGACCUGGACGACGACACGGUGGAGGAGGCCACCGUGGUGCUGGAGGAUGACCCCGCCCCCGAGCCGGUCAGCGCUCUGGGAACUCUGAGGAACCUGUCGGCUUGGAGCGUCUCCAUCCCAUACAUCGACACCUACGAAGACGAGGUGAGGAAGGAGAAGGUCCCUGUCUUCUGCAUCGACGUGGAGCGCAAUGACAGGAAGGAGGUCGGUCAUGAAACUGAGAGCUGGUCGGUCUACAGACGAUACCUGGAGUUUUACGUCUUAGAAUCCAAACUCACUGAGUUUCACGGUACGUUUGCCGAUGCGCAACUUCCAUCCAAAAGAAUCAUUGGACCAAAGAACUACGAGUUCCUCGAAUCAAAAAGGGAAGAAUUUGGAGAAUAUUUACAGAGACUCCUUCAGCACCCGGAGCUCAGUAACAGCCAGCUUCUGGCCGACUUCCUGUCUCCUCACAGUAUGGAGUCUCAGUUUCUGGAUAAGAUGCUGCCUGAUGUCAACCUGGGUAAAAUAUUCAAGUCUGUUCCAGGAAAACUGAUCAAAGAGAAAGGACAGAACCUGGACCCGUUCAUCCAGUCCUUCUUCAACUCCUGUGAGUCGCCCAAACCCAAACCCAGCCGCCCGGAGCUGACCAUCCUCAGCCCCACGGCCGAAAACAACAAGAAGCUGUUUAAUGACCUGUUCAAGAACAACGCCAACCUGUCGGAAAAUUCAGACAGGAAGCAAAACCACAAUUAUUUCAUGGAGAUGGUUUCAGUGGAUGGAAUGUACGACUACAUGGUGUAUGUGGGUCGUGUUGUGUUCCGCAUGCCGGACUUCAUGCACCACUUCCUGGCCGCUGGCAGAAUCCUGUUCAAGAGCACGUUUGAGGCCUACAUGGACCAGUACAUGACCAGGAAACUGGAGCAGAACCUGCAGGAGCACCGACUGGUGUCACUCAUCACACAGCUGAGAGACGCUGUGUUCUGUGAAAACGCUGAAGAACGAAGUCCAGAGGACAAACAGAUCAGAGCCAAGCAGACGUUUGAGGAGAUGAUGAAGUACCUGCCAGACUUUGUGGGGAAGUGCAUCGGUGAAGAGGCCAAGUCCAACGGCGUCCGUCUGUUGUUCGACUGCCUCCAACAGCCGCUGCUCAACAAACAGAUGACCUACGUCCUGAUGGACAUCGCUGUGCAGGAGCUGUUUCCUGAACUCAACAAGGCGCUGCUGAAGGAGCCUGUGAUCGUGUGAAUCGGAUCAUUUACUGUCGAAUCAAUCAAGUGCAAUAAUACUCCCCCGUUAACAUUCCACUGUAGAAGAACGCACUCAUAAAGAAAAAAAAAAAAAAAAAGAACACACUCAUGAAUAAAUAAAUCUA